UUAGCGUUUCAAAGAGUCUUUUGGUCCUCCUUGUUUGCCAUCAUGACUCAUGCAUUUUCCCCUCUAUUACAAAAAUAAAACGCCCCUAGCGGCUGUUUUAUGAACUGCAACGCAAUUUGAAACUCAAGAAGAAACGGAAUCCCAAAGAGUUCAUUUUCCCCAUCAUGCUCUUUCUGCACGACUCAGGUAGAAAAUAAGGGUCAAAAGCGGAUUUACUUCAUCACCCUGACACCCUCACACCCCCCUUGGUGGUUGCCACGGUAACGUGGGUCUCACGUUGUGGUCUCACACACCUGGUUACUAUAAACAUUUCCGUGGAAGCUGGAGAGGAAGUCGACGAACUCUACAAGAAAAGGUGCUUAUUUGGUAUAACAUUAUGGACGCGUGUGAUGGUUUGGAAGUUUCUGGAAAUCAUGGAUCUUGAAAAGAAGUUAAUCUUCUUCGUUUGUCUACUGAGCUAAAACAUGGGCGCAGGCGCAUCAAUAUCACUCUGUACUGACCCUUCCUCAGUGAGAAUCCUCAGGCCCAACGCUAAAGUCAGUCCCGCUGUGGUUUCGGUCCCUGAAGCUCCACCCACCUCUGUAUUUGGCGUCACCUUGGAAACUCUCCGGGAGAACGAGCAGAUGAUCUGUGGAAUCCCUCUUGUGUUAAGAGACAUGGUGGAGUAUCUGGACACCAAUGGGCUGCACCAAAAAGGCCUUUUUCGAUUGAGUGGGUCGAUGCUGAGGACCAGGCAGUUGAGACUGAGGUGGGAUCAAGGAGAAAGAGUUGACCUGGUCCAUGAAGCGGACGUCCCUACUGUCGCCUCACUGCUCAAACUCUUUCUUCGGGAACUACCUGUCCCAAUAGUUCCUGAGCCACACCGGAAAGAGCUGAUUCUGAGCCUAAGAGGACAAACCGACGAAUCAGGACUCAACCAGAGACUUAAAGACAAUCUCUCUCUUCUCCCCGACCCAAAUAUUUUGUCCUACCUCAUCCACUUCCUGUCCAGAGUGGCCGCUCACAGCCCGUCCAACCACAUGCCUUUGGAAAAUCUAGCCCCCAUUUUUGGGCCGUGUGUAUUUCAUGUUCCAGCAGGACCGGGAAUGCUGGAAGAGCAGAGUGUGUGCAAUUCCCUGUUGCUCCACCUCCUUCAGCACCAGGCGGUUCUCUUUCCGGCCGAAGCCGAGGCCUCCUUUCCCCCUCCUCUUGCUAUUUAUCCCUUUGAGGUCCAAGGUAACAGCUGUCUGUCAGAGCGUAGCAGAGAGUGUGAGGAGGAGGUUCCCUCAGACUGUGAGAGCAGAUCUGAUGAAGGAACAGUAAGGAUGCAGCCUCAGAUCAGCAGUUCUGACAGUCCGCCACAGGGCUGUGAAACCGGCUCUGACGUCAGCGCUGACAUUCAGGCGUUGAUUUCAAAUCAGGAGGCCACCGAGGCGGGUGGCGAGCUCUCCUGCCCCACGGCCCCCACGCCAGAGCAUCCGGAACAGAGCGGCGCUCCACUUCAAGCAGGAGAGUCACACGUAACGGAGUGUGCGAUGGAUUUUUCUGGAAAUCCACCGAUUGGCGUCCUGUCAAAUGAGGUGGAAGAACUCAAAAGUGCUUCCUCGUCUGCAGAAGAAGACUUGAUGGCCUCCACAUGUGUGGAGCACAAUGCAUUUGACUCAAACUCCCGCAACGCCGAUGAAUCGCCAACCAAAACGCUGAGUCAGCACACGGAUACGGAAGCAGUAAGCGCAUCGUGCUGUGAGAAAGGAGAUACAACCGCUGGGCCUGAGAGCCCCUCCCUUAAGCUACAAGCCCUACAAGCAGAAACUGGACCGAAACCAGAACCAGGAGACCCCCAAACAGAUGAAAGCCUCUCUGUUGAGCAGCAGCCCUUCAGCUCUGAAACUGAGAGGCUUCAUUCUAGCCUUACGCCGCCUCUAUCACCGUUUCAGGAGCAGCACAUGUUCAACUCAUCACAGUCAGAGUCCCGCCCCGUCUUCUCCACGUCCUCCUAUUCAGUGGAAUUUGCAGAAGAUGACAACUCAUUGAGCCCAUCAGUUCCAAACUCAAGUCCGCUUUUGUCUCGCUUAACAACAAGCGACUGUCCUGUCCCCUCACCACGUUGCCACAGCCUGCGCUACAACCUCGACCCCGACGGUGCUCCUUCUCCACCGUGUUUUCAGCACAUACGCAUAGCUCGCUCCAGUGUCCACACAGAGAAAGAUGAAGGCUCCAUGUCCAUCCCAAUGCUCAACCGACACAUUCACACCCUCAGAAAGAGGAUCCGACGCUUUGAGGAACACUUUGAACACGAAAAGCACUACAAACCAGCUCACAAUGACAAGACAGCAAAUCCAGAAGUGGCUAAACUGAUGAAGGAGCUGAUCAAGAGUCGCAGGCAACUGAAAGAGAUGAAGCUGAGGCAGUCAGGAGGCGGUUUCAGCUCCACGGCCGAGACGUGCAGGAACGCUUUAUCCCAGAAGGAGGCAGCACCAGCAGGAACAGAGCUGCAGCCUCUCAAUAACAACAGCAUCACCAAACCCAGCGUGGAGGAAACCGUCAACGCCAUAACCAACCGGCUGAAGGAGAGACGCAGGGAGCUGGGCCUGCCUGACAGCAUCAAGGAGAUGUCUCAUUUCCAAAUGAGCAUGGAGAAGACAUGCAUGCAGAAGUGUUUGCUGUUCUUUGAGAGUCUGCACGGGCGGCCAGGUUCCAGGCACGAGCGCUCGCUGAUGAAACCUUUCUAUGAUCGCUACCACCUUCUCAAGCAGCUGCUUCUCUCGGCGUCCUCUGCAACCAUCACAACUAUUGAGGAAGAGGAGGGGUCUGAUGAAGAGCAUUCCAAAUACCAAGGUUCCUGGCAGCAGCCGCGUCGCCUAAAACCUCCACGAUCUGUGUCUCCAGAUGAGUGUCUGCCUUUCUUAGAAAGCUCUGAAACCCCCACAGUGUCUCCGCUGGAGGAGGUGAAGGGUCUGGAGUCACAGAUCAUCACCAUGGCAACGCUUCAUGAAGCAUCCAGAGACGAAUUACUGGAGCAUUUGAAGAUAGUCCGAUCGGAGAAGAAACGACUCCACCAAGCACUCAAGGAGUUUGAAGACCAGUUCUACGUCCAGACCGGCAGAAAGAAAAAGAAACAUCCACAAAAAGAAAGUCAAUGGUACGACGGUGAAACGCACAGUUAAAGAGUUCAGGAAGGAGACAAAGAUAGAUGUCCGCUCUGUCUAACCUGCACACACCCUUUGUACUUGACAUGUCAAACCUUCAAGGUAAAUACAGUAAGUUUUUGAUUACAAUACACACUGUACAAAGCUAUCUGAGUAAGGCAACAUAGGGACUAUCAACCAGUGAUGGAAGCUGCUGCAGGUUGUUCUGAAAAACAGUGUUUGCCUUUAACUUGCAUCUCCUCGUAUCCGCCACAGGGCUUGUCAGAAGGAGGACCGUGGACCAAUAGCAGAAGAAUACUGCCAAUACAAGAACCUCAAAGCAAAGCUCCGCCUACUGGAGGCCCUGCUCAGUAAAAAACAAACCUCAACCAGAACCGGCUGAGUGAACUCACAGUGGGACCUUUGGGUAGCGCGUCUGAACCACGAGGUUCUGUGAAGAAAACUGAUGGAAACGUGGGAGUAAAGCUGCUCAUCAAUGUCGGGAGGAAAAGUUGCAUGUGUGUGACACCGUUAUUUUUUGGAGAUUAUGGCACUCAAUGUGUUUUUGAGGAGACUGCACCGCUUGAAAGCUCCGUCCUGUGAAAAGUUGCUAUAAGCUGAAAUGCUGCUGCAGUGUUUGUGCAGGUCGAGCCAACUUUGUGCUAUGAUAUGCAUUCCUGGUCUGAAUUGUGAAUUUAAAUGUUCACCGUGGAUCAUAUGCAGUGAACUUAGUGCAAGUUAUAUAUCUCUAAAUAUAUAUAUUUUUUUGUCUUGGAUGGAAUUCUAACUGCCCUUGUUGUCAAUGAUCAGAGCUUGUCACAUUGUGCACUUCUGGUUUAUAUAGUUUUCUAUACAUUUGUAUGUGUAUAUAUAUGAAUGUAUCAAAAAAAUAAAUAUUUUUUCACAUUUA